UUCUCCUGUGGAAGAAGAAAAGCAAAAUCCACGAGAGAUACAGAUAGGAAAGUGGUAAAAGUGAAUUCGAUUCCUGCUUCUGUUUAGGACUCGGAUUCGGAUUUGGAAUCUGCUCCUUGAGCAGAAUCAGAGGAAAUGGUGACGUACGUUAGCGCGUUGUUCUACGGAGUUGGAGGCAUAGUCGUCGCCGGAGUGGCGCUGCUCGUAGCCUUCCAGGAGAAGCUUGUCUAUGUACCAGUGCUUCCUGGUUUAAGCAAGUCCUAUCCGAUCACUCCCUCUAGGCUGAAUCUCGACUACGAGGACGUUUGGCUUCAAUCAUCUGAUGGCGUACGCCUCCACGCUUGGUUCAUCAAGAUGUUCCCCCAUUGUCGAGGUCCAACCAUUCUAUUUUUCCAGGAAAAUGCCGGAAAUAUUGCUCAUCGUCUGGAAAUGGUUCGCAUCAUGAUUCAAAAAUUGAAGUGCAAUGUAUUCAUGCUUUCAUAUCGCGGCUAUGGGGCAAGUGAUGGUUCUCCUUCACAACAUGGACUCACAAAAGAUGCUCAGGCUGCAUUGGAUCACCUUUCUCAAAGGACUGACAUUGAUACAUCUAGAAUAGUUGUAUUUGGAAGGUCCCUUGGAGGAGCCGUUGGAGCUUUGCUUACCAAAAACAAUCCAGAUAAGGUAUCUGCAUUGAUUCUGGAAAAUACUUUCACUUCCAUUCUUGAUAUGGCUGGCGUUUUGCUACCCUUCUUAAAGUGGUUUAUUGGAGGAAGUGGUACAAAAAGCCUGAAGCUUCUUAAUUUUGUUGUACGCUCCCCCUGGAAAACAAUUGAUGCUAUUGCUGAGGUCAAACAGCCGGUGCUUUUCCUCUCUGGACUGCAAGAUGAGAUGGUCCCUCCAUUUCACAUGAAAAUGCUGUAUGCGAAAGCGGCUGCCCGUAAUUCUCAGUGCACCUUUGUGGAGUUUCCAAAUGGGAUGCAUAUGGAUACAUGGCUGUCUGGUGGAGAAGUAUACUGGAAAACAAACAUGCAGUUUCUUGAAAAGUAUGCACCUGAGAAAGGAAGAACGAUACGGGAAGGUAAAUGAGUUGGCGAUGCUGUGAUUAGAGGAGGAUUUGACUCACUUGGCUCCUACAUUGCAACCUGAAAGGACAGUAUCUUGAUAACCAUGUUUAUACGUAUGUUGCAUUUGGGAGUGAUAGAUACAACUUGUUCUGAGAGUGAGAUAUUGGAGAGAUACUUUGUAAGCAGAACAGCUAGUGGAGAUGACAAAUGUAAGUUAAUCAGGUGCAUUUGCGUCGUCUCAGUUUUCCUUCUUUUUUUUUUGUUGUCUUGGUUAUUUUUUCCAACUCUGAUGGUGUUUCUCUCCGAUCGUGUAACCAUUUUCCUCUGAAUGAUCAUUGCCUGUGUAGAUGAUUGAGAAAGCUCAAAGACAUAGUUAUUAUCAAAUCUUGAAUUUGUUUGUUUAUCAUA